GCAGACGACUUCGACGUUUCGGAACGAGGCUUUUGAUUGGUUAUUACUUAUGAAAAGGCCAAUGAGGAUUUGUCUUCUUUCACUUCGGAGAAUGAGACUUCAGCAGCAUGACAACAUACAAAUAUCUUUCCCCAGAAGUUUUGUCUGGAUUUGACAAAUAUAAGUAUAGUGCAGUAGACACAAGCCCAGUUAGCAUAUACAUAACACACCCUUUUUGGAACUGGGUGGUUGAGUUUGUUCCAAAAUGGAUCGCACCAAAUGUAUUAACCUUGACAGGAUUUGGUCAGCUGAUGAUGAACUUUGUCCUUUUGACCUACUAUGAUCCCCACUUUUUUUCUGCCAGUAGAGACCAUCCUGAAUGUCCCCCCAUUCCUAACUGGGUGUGGCUUGUCUGUGCAUUUAACAACUUCAUGUCACACACCUUAGAUGGCAUUGAUGGGAAGCAGGCACGGAGAACAGGGUCCAGCUCGCCUCUGGGGGAGUUAUUUGACCAUGGACUAGACAGCUGGGCCACCCUUUUCCUGCCAGUGGCUCUGUAUUCUAUUUUUGGCCGUGGGGAAUAUGGAGUGGGGGUGUUUAGAGUGUACUUCAUCGUGACUGGUGUCAUGUUGUGUUUUAUCCUGUCUCACUGGGAGAAAUACAACACCAAAAUCUUAUUUCUACCCUGGGGCUACGAUCUCAGCCAACUGGCCAUGACAGGAGUAUAUCUUUUGACCUUUGUUGGGGGUCAGAACAUGUGGAAAUUUAAAAUUCCAGUGAUUGAUAUCUACUGCUCAGAGUUUAUAGAGAUAGGGAUGUAUGUUGGAUUCUUUGUUUUGACUUUCCCUGCAACUUUCUGGAAUAUAUACAAAUCUUAUCGGGAUAAGACAGGUAAAAUGUAUGAUCCAUGGGAGAUGAUGCGCCCCCUGGUGUCCACAUUUAUCUUAUUCUUUCUAAUGGUCUUUUGGGCACGCGUGUCCAGCUGCCAGGUGAUGGAGUUACAGCCCCGCCUCUUUUACUGGACCACAGGGACUGCUUUCUCUAACAUUGCUUGUCAUCUAAUCAUCAGUCAGAUGAGUGAUACGCGAUGUGAACUCAUCAACUGGCUCCUCCUACCCCUGGUUACUAUAGUAACGGCAUGUUCACUGCUGUCACUCGGACAUGUAGAGGUGUACCUUCUCUGGGGCUAUUGCUUUCUAGUCACUGCUGCUCAUCUUCACUUUGGGGUCCAUGUGGUUCAAGAAAUGUGUGAUCAUUUCAAUAUAUCAGCAUUCACAAUAAAACUAAAGGCAUAGAGACUUAUUUAACCUUGGUGAGGCAGCUGAAGGACAUUGUAUUACGCCAUUAUCUACUGCUGUCUGCAGUGAACAGACAUCUACUCAGAUCAUCUCAGUCAGUCAGUCAUCCUUGUUCAGGAAGAAAGAAGACCAAUCCAGGUGUUAGACAAUAUAUUGAGUUCUUUUUGAAUUUAUUUCCUUGAUUUGAAUUAAAUUCAUUUUUAGCGUGCCAUUUACUUUCUCUAACAUUAUUGGGAAUUUUCUACAAAUACUAUCUAUAUGUUAACCUGAUAGAGCUGAACAGUUACCUCAUUAAAUAAUUUACCUCACAUGAAUGGAGGCUCAGUUGACCUCAUCUGAUCAAACCCAAUCUUUAAUCAGUUUGUAAUCCAUUCUUCAUUCAUACUCCGCUCACAUAAGAACACUUCCAACUAUUCUAGAAAAGCUACACAAAUUUUAAAAUGGGGUAUCAAUGUUCCUUGGGUGAUAUAUAUGUAUUGUUACUCUGAGAAGCAGUAUUCCAAGCUAGCCUCAGUUGAUUUUUAUAAGUAUAUGAAAAUACAUCUUAUUCGAUAAAACCAUCAUUCGCUUAAUUUAAUUAGCUCCUUACUUAAGGCUUGUCACAAAUUUUGUUAUAGAGACUCGGAGGAUUUUUAGCUAUUUCUGUUUUAUGCAGUCCCGACUUUGAAGAUGGCACAUUGUUUUUAGCUCACCUGAGCCAAAGGCUCAAGUGAGCGUUUCUGAUCACUUUUUGUCCGGCGUCCGUCUGUCUGUCUGUCUGUAAACUUUUAAUAUUUUCGACUUCUUCUCAAGAACCACUGGGCCAAUUUCAACCAAACUUGCCACAAAGUAUCCCUGGGUAAAGGGGAUUCAAGUUUGUUCAAAUGAAGGGCCACGCCCUCUU